AUGUCUGCUCUCUCUGUCACAAACUACACUAGUUCCAGGUUUGCUCUGACUGGUUUCCCUGGUUUAGAAAUUUAUUACUUCUGGCUAUCUGUUCCAUUCUUUAUAAUCUAUGUGACAGUAUUCCUGGGAAAUUGUAUGGUACUUCAUGUGAUUCGGACUGAGCUGAGCCUGCACCAGCCCAUGUUCUAUUUCCUCGCCAUGUUAGCCCUCACAGACCUAUGCAUGGGGCUGUCCACUGUGCACACGGUACUCGGUAUCCUUUGGGGCUUCCUUCAAGAGAUCAGCCUUGAUGCCUGCAUUGCACAGUCUUACUUCAUUCACGGUUUGUCCUUCAUGGAGUCUUCUGUCCUCCUUGCCAUGUCCUUUGACCGCUACAUUGCCAUUUGCAACCCUCUACGCUAUUCCUCCAUCCUAACCAAUGACAGAAUCCUGAAAAUCGGAGUGGCCAUCUUAUGUAGGAGUUCUAUGCUCAUUCCUCCAGUUAUUAUCCGCCUGAAGUUCUUAAAUUACUGCCGGCCUCAUUUCCUCUCCCACUCUUUCUGCCUACACCAAGACUUAAUUAGAAUGGCCUGUGGAGAUAUCCGUUUCAAUAGCAUCUAUGGUCUAGCUCUGGUGAUCAGCAACCUGUUGCUAGAUUCAGUGCUAAUAUUAAUGUCAUAUAUUAUGAUCCUGUAUACAGUUCUGUCCAUUGCAUCCAGGGAGGAGAGAAUCAAGUCUUUGCAAACAUGUGUAUCUCACAUCUCUGCUGUUUUGGUUUUCUACAUCCCCAUCAUUGGUCUGACUAUGGUUCACCGCUUUGGGAAGCAUCUCUCACCAUUGGUUCAUGUCCUCAUGGGCAAUGUUUACAUCCUUUUUCCACCUUUGAUGAACCCCAUUAUAUACAGUAUCAAGACUCAACAGAUACGAGUGAGAAUUCAGAGACUGUUCUUGAAGGGAACCUAA